AUGGCUAAUGUUUUUAGGCAUUAUGAAAUGCCAUUCCGUUUUUUCAUCACCCUAACCGUGGAAAUGACUCGUCUCAGUGGUGACGACGAAAUUGAAUUCAGCGUGGACUACUUUCAUUCUUUAGUCCACACGGUUUGGGCCGAAGGUAGCAUUCGCGAUGCUCUACAGACUGCAUGCGCCGAGAUCUCUGCUCGCCUCGAACAGUAUCAAGAACGAGGAUCUGGGCUUGUCGUCGUCGCCAUUCAGACCUGCACCAUCACCGUGGGACGUUUCAUUCCGCCCACGGUCGGUUGUGCGCGUUUUGUGUUACCCGCGGAACUACCCAGCAGAAGGUGCCUAGUGAAUGUGAACGAGCAACUGAACGAGUCGGAGAAAAACAUGUGCUUUGUGUUUUCUGUGCUGGCCGGUCUCCAUCCCGCACCCUCUAAACGAUCGAGGGCUUCUUGCUACCGAGACCAUUUUGGCAGGUAUUGGUUCCCCACCGCGUAUCCAGUGACGUUUCCGCAAGACGUGCAGGCUUUCGAGAGAAAAAACUCCGUGUCCGUGAACGUGUACGGUUAUGAUCGAGAACAAAGGUUCGUCUACCUGCUCAAAGUCAACGAUAGCGAGCGGGAGAAGCACGUGGAUUUGCUCCUGAUAGACGAUCACUUUGUUCUGAUCACCAACUUCGCCGGACUUUUCGCGAACAGGCGCACUCACCGUUUUCGUUGUAAAAGGUGUAUGAUGGGCUUUCGCUUUCGCACUGCGCUGGGAAGUCAUUUAUCGCUGUGUAAGGAAAAGAAGGCAGUCCGAACGGUGUGUCCUCCAAAGGGGGACGCGCUGUAUUUCCGGAGCCCACACACGAUGGAACCUUUCCCCUACUUUUGUGUCUACGAUUUCGAGGCCAUUCUGGAAGCGGAAAACAUGGGUCAGGCUUACGAGAAGCACGUCCCCAGUUCGUUUUGCAUACUCGUAAUCCGAUCCACGGACUCGCGCAUCGUCGAUCAGUUUUUGUACCGGGGCGAGGACUGCGUGGAAAAGUUCAUUUCCAUCCUUAAUCAAUUGUCAAAGCUCAUUGGCGAAUGGAUUCGAAGUGAGGAAGUGCCAAUGGUGAGCGUGGACGAAGAGGCUCACGCGUCGGCCUCUGACUGCGCGAUUUGUGGCGAAUCGUUCGGAAAUCGAAAGAGAAAAGUCAGAGAUCACGAUCACUUUAGCGGAUCGUACAGGCAGUCGUUGUGUCAGGGAUGCAAUUUAAAUCUGAGAGUAAACAAGAAAGUCAUUCCAGUGCUCGCGCACAACCAUUCGUUUGACCUGGCCUUUAUACUACCCAAACUCGACUUAUUCGAGUCUAAAGAUAUUAAAGUGCUCGUCACUAGCUGCCAGCAAUUUAAGCGACUCGACGUGGGUAACCUUCGGUUUCUCGACAGUCUGGCCUUUCUCCCCGCCAGCUUGGACGCGCUGGUUCAGGACCUCUGUUCCAAGGGACUAGAAAACCUGUGCUGUCUAAAGCAGGCUUUUCCGCAGCACGUUGAGCUUCUGGCGCGGAAAGGCGUAUUUCCCUACGACUAUGUGACCAGUUUCGAGGCUUACCGGGAGCCCGAGCUACCGCCCCGCGAGUCGUUUUACAACAAGCUUAACGACAGCCAAAUUUCGGAGGACGACUACCGUCACGCCCAAACCGUCUUUCAAACAUCCAAUUUCAAAAGCCUAGGAGAAUACAGUGACUGCUACCUGAAACUCGACUGCUUACUUCUCGCCGACGUGUUCCAAAAUUUUAGGAAAUGGACUUUAGACACGUACGAGCUCGAUCCGUUACACUACGUUUCCCUGCCCGCGCUCAGUCUCGCCUGCGCACUUAAACAGACUGGGGUAAAACUGGAGCUGCUCGACGACGUGGAUGUAUAUCUGUUCAUCGAAGCUGGUCUGCGCGGAGGAAUCGUUCAAUGUGCCAUUCGUAACACGAGGGCUAACGUGCCAGGAACCGCAUGUUUUGAUCCGAACACGGCGGUUUCUCAAAUUUUAGACCUCGACGUGAACAGCCUGUACGCUUCCACCAUGCGGCAAGCCCUUCCAUGCGCAGAUUUUCGCUGGCUAGACCGCGAGGAAAUCGACGCUCUCCACUUUAAGCAGGUUCCCGACGACGCGCCCGAGGGUUACAUUUUAGAGGUGGACCUCGACUAUCCUCGGGAGCUACACGAUUCGCACGCGGACUUUGCCCUGGCUCCCGAGAAACGAGGAGUCCCGCUCGAAUGGCUCUCACCCUAUCAAAAGGCGCUCGUCGAAAAAUUUCACCUACCCCAGCGAGAGUCUGAGCGAAAGCUGCUUCUCACCUUUUACCCGAAACGGAAUUACAUCAAUCACUACCGAAAUCUCAAGCUGUAUCUGGAGUUGGGCUUACAGCUAAAGGCCAUUCAUCGCGUCUUAAAGUUUUCGCAGAGUGCAUUCCUUAAAGAUUUCAUCGACUUUAACCACAACCUGCGAAAACAGGCGACAAAUGCUUUUCAAAAGAACCUAUCUAAACUCAUUAUGAAUUCAAUUUAUGGCAAGACAAUCGAAAACCCACGCCAGUACAAUAACGUUGUCAUUAGCGUGAGCGAGGACAAAGUGCUCAAAAACCUGCAGAAGCCUAACCUGAGACAGUUUGCGGCAAUCAGCCCGACCGUGGUGAUCUUUCAGUUUUCCCAAAGAACGCUACACUUGAACAAACCCGUGUACGCGGGUUUCUCUAUCCUAGAAAUGUCCAAACUGGUCAUGUACGAAUUUUUCUACAAGCAGGUCAGGCGCGUUUUCCCCGACGCUCGCGCAGCGUACAGCGACACGGACUCGUUCAUUCUCCAAAUCACCGACCCGGAUGUAGACUCGAAGCUCGCGACUCUUGCCGAAACUCACCUGGAUACUUCCGGGUACCCGGGCGAUCAACCCUUGUUCUCUCCCGCAAACAAAAUGAAACUAGGAGUGUUCAAAAAUGAAUUCCCAAAAGAUCACAUUCUUGGAUUUGUUUGUCUGAAACCAAAACUCUAUUCGCUCGAGCUAGCCUCUAGAGAGCACUAUGUGAGGGCGAAAGGAGUGAAAAGGUGCGAGCCCCGUAAGCUAACCUACGAGCUCUACGUUCAAACUCUCGAGCAACAAACUCUGCACAAGAUCACGCAGCGGACUAUCGCUCGUAAGUUGUGCGAGAACAAGACUGUUGCCGUGGAGAAGAUAGGACUCAACCCGUUUGACAACAAGCGCUUCAUCGACACCGACGGCGUUUCAACUCUUCCCUUCGGACAUUGGAGCCUCUAAGUGAAGUGCUUUCUUUUCUCAAUCAUUUCAGACUGAUGUAUCCGUGUGUACACAGAGGGUUGUGUAAAAAGCCAUUUUGUUGUGUGAUUUUCAUGUAGCGCGAGGGUUUUUCCCCCCCGCCGAGUGUUUGAUGCUUGUAUAAAGAGCUGUCGCGCUCCCUCUGUUUCUCCGUGUCUCGAGAAUUUCUUAGAGAUAUGCCUAUUGAAUAAAAACAAAGAAAAA